AUGGCGAAAAAAGCUAUCGAUUCAAGAAUCCCUUCACUGAUCAGAAAUGGUGUUCAAACCAAACAAAGAUCAUUCUUUGUCAUUGUUGGGGACAGGGCACGUAACCAGUUACCAAAUUUACAUUAUUUGAUGAUGAGUGCUGACCUGAAAAUGAACAAAUCCGUAUUGUGGGCCUACAAGAAGAAGCUUUUAGGUUUCACUUCGCACAGAAAGAAAAGAGAAAAUAAGAUCAAGAAAGAAAUCAAAAGAGGUACAAGAGAAGCGAAUGAAAUGGACCCCUUUGAAUCCUUUAUUUCUAACCAGAACAUUAGAUAUGUUUACUACAAAGAAAGUGAAAAAAUCUUAGGUAAUACUUAUGGUAUGUGUAUCUUACAAGACUUCGAGGCGUUAACUCCAAAUCUUCUAGCAAGAACCAUUGAAACCGUCGAAGGUGGUGGUAUCGUGGUGAUCCUAUUGAAAUCCAUGUCCUCCCUGAAGCAAUUAUACACGAUGACUAUGGAUGUUCACUCCCGCUAUCGUACUGAAGCUCAUGGUGACGUUGUAGCGAGAUUUAAUGAAAGAUUCAUACUAUCUUUAGGUUCAAAUCCCAACUGUUUAGUCGUCGAUGACGAAUUGAAUGUGUUGCCAUUAUCAGGUGCUAAGAACGUUAAGCCAUUGCCUCCCAAGGACGAUGGUGAGUUAUCACCCAAACAGCUAGAACUGCAAGAACUAAAGGAGUCUUUAGAAGACGUCCAACCAGCUGGUUCUUUAGUCGCUUUAUCCAAAACCGUAAAUCAAGCUCACGCUAUCCUGUCUUUCAUAGACGCAAUUUCUGAAAAGACUUUGAAUUUCACAGUCGCAUUAACCGCUGGAAGAGGUAGAGGUAAAUCUGCCGCUUUGGGUGUUUCCAUUGCUGCUGCUGUCUCUCACGGUUACUCGAACAUUUUUGUUACUUCUCCAUCUCCUGAGAAUUUGAGAACAUUAUUCGAAUUUAUAUUUAAAGGUUUUGAUGCGUUGGGGUAUCAAGAACAUAUCGAUUACGAUAUCAUUCAAUCUACCAAUCCAGACUUUAACAAAGCUAUCGUUAGAGUUGAUAUCAAAAGAGACCAUAGACAAACUAUUCAAUAUAUUAUUCCUCAAGAUUACCAAGUUUUGGGUCAAGCUGAACUAGUUGUUAUCGAUGAAGCGGCAGCAAUUCCGUUACYAAUUGUCAAGAACCUAUUGGGUCCAUAUCUAGUUUUUAUGGCAUCUACUAUCAAUGGUUAUGAGGGUACUGGUAGAUCUUUAUCUCUGAAGUUGAUCCAACAGUUGCGUAAUCAAAACAACACAUCUGGUCGCGAAAGUUCUCAAACAGCCGUUGUUUCUAGAAAUAAUAAAGAAAAAGACUCUCACCUUCAUGCUCAAUCGCGUCAACUACGUGAAAUCUCAUUGGAUGAACCAAUCAGAUAUGCUCCUGGCGAUCCGAUCGAAAAAUGGUUGAACAAAUUGUUGUGUUUGGACGUUACCUUGAUUAAAAACCCAAGAUUUGCAGCAAGAGGGACUCCCCAUCCAUCUCAGUGUAAUCUGUUUGUUGUAAACAGGGACACUUUAUUUUCUUACCAUCCGGUUUCAGAAAAUUUCCUAGAAAAAAUGAUGGCAUUAUACGUUUCAUCCCACUAUAAAAACUCUCCAAAUGAUUUGCAAUUAAUGAGUGAUGCUCCAGCACACCAACUGUUCGUCCUUUUACCACCAAUUGAUCCAAAAGAUGGUGGUAGAAUCCCAGAUCCACUAUGUGUUGUUCAAAUUGCACUAGAAGGUGAAAUUAGUAAACAGAGUGUCAGAAAUUCAUUAUCUAGAGGCCAAAGAGCCGGUGGUGAUUUGAUUCCUUGGUUGAUUUCUCAACAAUUCCAAGACGAGGAAUUUGCUAGUUUGAGUGGUGCACGUAUUGUUAGAAUUGCUACAAAUCCCGAAUAUGCAUCUAUGGGAUAUGGUUCCCGUGCGAUUGAAUUAUUAAGAGAUUACUUCGAAGGAAAAUUCACAGACAUGUCAGAAGAUGCUCGUCCUAAGGAUUUCUCUAUCAAAAGAGUAAGUGACAAAGAACUGGCCAAAAGUACCUUACUGAAAGACGAUGUUAAAUUAAGAGAUGCAAAGUCCCUACCACCUUUACUUUUGAAACUUUCUGAACUGCCUCCUCAUUAUCUACAUUACUUGGGUGUUUCGUACGGUUUAACACAAUCAUUGCAUAAAUUCUGGAAGAAUAAUAAAUUUAUUCCUGUGUAUUUACGCCAGACUGCGAACGACCUAACUGGGGAACAUACCUGCGUUAUGUUGAAUGUUUUGGAAGGAAGGGAACCAAACUGGCUUGUGGAAUUUGCCAAAGAUUUCCGUAAAAGAUUCUUGUCGCUUCUUUCUUACGAUUUCCACAAAUUCACUGCCGUCCAGGCUUUAAGUGUUAUUGAAAGUAGUAAGAAAGCGCAGAGUUUGUCUGAUGACGAAAGGUUUGAGACCAAAGAACUGACACGCUUACAAAUGGACGACAUUUUCUCUCCAUUUGAUUUGAAAAGAUUGGACAGCUACUCCAACAAUUUACUAGAUUAUCACGUCAUUGUUGAUAUGAUACCUAUGCUUGCGCUUCUAUAUUUUGGUGGUAAAAUGGGUGAUUCAGUAAAUUUGUCUAGCGUACAAAGUGCCAUUUUGUUGGCCAUUGGGCUGCAACGUAAAAACAUCGAUCUAAUUGCUAAGGAAUUGAACUUACCUGCCAAUCAGACUAUUGCUAUGUUUGCGAAGAUUAUGAGAAAAAUGUCACAAUAUUUCCGUCAACUGUUGAGCCAAGCUAUCGAAGAAACUUUACCAGUGGUCAGAGACGAAAACAUAGCCGAAAUGGAUGGUGAAGAAAUCAAGAAGUACAACGCUGCUGAAGCAUUAGACCAAAUGGAAGAUGAUUUAGAGGAAGCCGGCUCCGAAGCCGUUCAAGCUAUGAGAGAAAAGCAAAAAGAAUUGAUCAACUCUUUGAAUUUAGACAAGUAUGCCAUCAACGAUAACAGCGAGGAAUGGACCGAGUCUCAAAAGUCCUUAGAGAAAGCUGCCAAAGCCAAAGGUGUUGUUAGUGUAAAAACUGGUAAGAAGAGAACCACUGAAAAAUCUGAAGAUAUCUAUAGACAAGAAAUGAAAGCUAURAAAAAGCCAAGAAAAUCCAAGAAAGGCGGAAAUUGA